AUGGCGCUGGCGGCCGCCCGAGCGCGGGCUCUGCGCGCCCUCAGCCGCCCGCGCCCCCCGGGCCGGGUCCCGGUGGCGGCGCGGAGCCGCUGCAGCCAGGCGGGGGCCCCCGGGGCGCUGCCGCCCGGCGGGUACCGGGCCUGGCUGGAGCGGGCGGUCCGCGACCCCGCCGGCUUCUGGGCGGACGUGGCGCGGGGGUGGCUGCGCUGGGACAGUCCCUUCCACACGGCCUGCCGGCCCGGCGCGCCCGCUGGUUCCGCCCGCUGGUUCCUCGGCGGCCGCCUCAACGUCUCGGUAAAUUGCUUGGAUCAGCAUGUCGAAAAGUCUCCGAACAGAGUGGCUUUGAUUUGGGAGAGAGAUGAACCUGGCACUGCAGUGCCUGUCACAUACAGGGAACUUCUGGAUCUGACUUGCCGCCUUGCCAACACCCUGAAGAAAUAUGGGAUCCAGAAAGGGGACAGGGUGGCCAUCUAUAUGUCUGUGUCCCCCUUGUCAGUGGCAGCCAUGCUGGCUUGUGCCAGGAUCGGUGCUGUUCACACCGUGAUCUUCGCUGGAUUCAGCGCUGAGUCCUUGGCUGGGAGAAUCAUGGACUCUGGAUCCAAAGCAGUUAUCACAUACAACCAGGGAGUCAGGGGAGGCCGAACCAUAGAGCUGAAGGCAACUGUGGAUGAAGCUGUGAAGAGCUGUCCAAGCAUCAAACAUGUGUUUGUGGCUCAGAGGACAGAUAACAAAGUCCAGAUGGGUGACCGUGAUAUUCCCCUUGAAGAGGAGAUGGCCAAGGCAGAUUCCGUCUGCACUCCAGAGAGCAUGGACAGCGAGGACAUGCUCUUCAUGCUGUACACCUCGGGCAGUACUGGGAAGCCCAAAGGAAUCAUUCACACUCAGGCUGGAUACCUGCUGUAUGCUGCUGUCACACACAAGUAUGUGUUUGACUACCAGCAAGGCGAUGUUUUUGGCUGUGUGGCCGACAUUGGCUGGAUCACAGGACAUAGCUAUGUUGUGUAUGGACCACUCUGCAAUGGAGCCACCUCUGUACUGUUUGAAAGCACUCCAGUGUACCCUGACCCAGGUCGUUACUGGGAAGUGGUGCAAAGGUUGAAAAUUAAUCAGUUUUACGGAGCACCUACAGCGAUACGCCUGCUGCUGAAUUACGGAGAAGAGUGGGUGAAGAGAUAUGACAGAUCUUCCUUGAAGGUUUUGGGUUCAGUGGGAGAGCCCAUCAACAAGGAAGCUUGGCAGUGGUUCUACCAGGUGGUGGGAGAAGGGCGCUGUGCCCUCGUGGACACGUGGUGGCAGACAGAAACUGGUGGCAUCUGCAUUGCCCCACGGCCCUCAGAGGAGAAAGCUGAGAUUGUUCCAGCUAUGGCUAUGAGACCUUUCUUUGGGAUUGUGCCUGUUCUCAUGGAUGAGAAUGGAGAGGUUAUAGAGGGCAAUGAUGUGUCUGGUGCACUCUGCAUUGCCCAGCCGUGGCCUGGCAUGGCAAGAACAAUCCAUGGAGAUCACCAGCGCUUUAUUGAUGCCUAUUUCAAAGCCUACCCAGGUUACUACUUCACCGGGGAUGGUGCUUACAGGAGCCAGAAAGGCUAUUACCAGAUAACAGGGCGCAUGGACGACAUCAUUAACAUAAGUGGGCACAGGCUGGGGACGGCAGAAAUAGAAGAUGCAAUGGCUGAUCACCCUGAGGUCCCUGAGACAGCUGUGGUUGGGUAUCCACAUAAGAUCAAAGGAGAAGGUGCCUUUGCUUUCAUAGUGCUAAAGGAGCAGACAGCUUGUGUAGACCAUAUCAAAGAAGAGCUCAAAACCAUAGUGGCUUCCAAGAUAGCAAAGUAUGCUGUGCCUGACCACAUUCUGGUGGUAAAGCGUCUCCCUAAGACCCGAUCGGGGAAGAUCAUGAGAAGGCUGUUGAGGAAAGUAGUCACUGAACAAUCAGGCAACAUGGGAGAUGUCACCACACUUGAUGAUCCAAGUGUUGUCAAGGAGAUACUGGAUGCUUACCAGAAAUACAAGGAGAAGAGUUCUUCAUAACAGGCAGCUCUGGAAUUUCUCUCCUUCAGAAAUGUGGAAGGUCUCAAAUAACCAGGCAAACAACAUAGUUCUCUCUUGGUGGGGUUUUUUGGGGGUUGUUUUUUUUAAACUGUUUCCUUCUAGGGGAGCAAUCCACUCCACAGGAUUUUUUGAGAUGGCACGGAGCUAGGAGCAGUCUGCAGUUUUCUCCUGUCAGUAAACUCCUUUUCCUUGCACUCAGGGCUGUUGUAGAGCAGCCAUUGGUGGUUUCCAUGAGCUGUGCUGAAAUUUAACAUGAGCUGAAGCAAGAUGCACAUGUUAAUGUUUCUCUUUUUAAUGUUACUCUACAUGGAAAUGUUUUUAUACUAUACUUCUUGCUGUUUUAAAAGAAGCCCUGGAAAACACUUCAAUUCCUUCAGCUUGGAUAUCUGAGUCCAAGCAGUUGUAUUUCACUAUAACUUUGGUGCCUUUUCAGCAAUUUUGGGUAUUCUAGUAGAUGUUUCAUAUGCAUUAUUAGGGACAUAAGAAGGACGUGGCUAGGCUGAUAAUUCUCCUUUGACUUUACCCAUUAUUCUAAUAUUUCCUUUGGCUUUCCUCAUACGGAUUUGUUCCCACCACCAUGUUUCCUGGGACUUCCCAGAGAUGGUGAGCCUAUGUCCUGUCCCACCCAGAUAACCCAGCACCAGCACUUGCACCUGCAAAAAGGAGCCAAAAGAGCCUGUGACUGGACUUCCUACAUGUCCUUAGUGCAUUGCUGCCAUGUUGAUUUACCAAAGAGUUAAGUCCCAUGUGGGUACCCACAAACUGCAUAGUCCACUAAAAAAAGUGCCUCUUAGAUGCCUUGUGGAAAGUGAUGGCAGCAUUCCAGACCAGCAACCUCAGAAUAACAGGGAAGAACAGCCUUUGUAUUUCCUACGCUUUCAAAAUUGCAAUUAACAUAGUCCGUGCUUUAUUUCUGGAUUUAUUUUAUCAGGACUGCAUUCCAGUUGAAGCACUCCUUAUAUUUGGGCUGUAUGGAAGAACUUGCUAAGUAGGGCUACUUAGUCCUGAAUUUAAUUGGAGCAACAUUGCUUUUUCCAGAGGGACUAUGUACUGGAAGGACAAUUUGUGGACCUAACAGGAGGCAGGAAAGGCAGGAGGGAAAUGGGUAGGUGAUCUGUAGGACUGGGAAAGGCAUGGGGUAUUUUUUGGCCACCAGAGAUCCUGGUACCACAGUGGGAAGCUGGCUGCUUGAAAUAUGAUGUGUUCUCAAAGACAGGUGUGUUGUCUUAGAUCCCAGUGUUUCUUUGAGGACUGUAUUUGCUUUAAAAAAAAAAAUUAAAUGUCUCUAGGCACUGAAUAACAUAGUAAGCUUUGUUAAAUAUCCCAUCCUUCUGACUGAAAUGCGUUUUUAUAAAAGGUAAGUAGACACCCUGUGGACUUUCUGGGAAGUUGAAGAUCAGAAGGUUUGAAGGUUUGAUAGAGUUGAGAGGAUGUUAAUAAUUUAGGCAAUAGACACUACUUUAUUGCCGUCGCAAUAGCAAAAAAAACCCCAACCGGCUUCCUUAAGUAAUUUUCAAGUGGGAAGCAGGCAAGAGUUAAUGUUUUUGACAGAAAAAGUACACUCAUUUGUUUAAACAAGUUGUCUCCAUGCAGUGUGGAGGAAAAAAAUUACUUUUGAACAAGAUGACACACUUUUAAUCAAGAAAGCAUUUCUUAUAUUAUGGACAUAAAACUUCCUUGUCUUGUUGACGUGAAAUUUCCCUGUGUGUUGUCCCAGUGGUCAGAGACCCAUGGUUUAAAUCAUCUGAACUGUCUCACAAACACUGUCUGUGUGAGGGGCAGUGUGUUUUGGUGCAUUGGGCUAGUAAGUGCUAGUAAGCUCUCUUCAGAGAGCAGGUAAAUAAAUCCUUUUCCUGCUGGAGACCAGGGACAACUUUCAGGCCCAAAAGCACAAAUAGCGGUGGACCAAAGAGAGAAACAAGAAGGAUGAGACCUCAUAACCUGACCCUGUAAUUGGACAAUCAAACCCCAGUAUGCAAAUAGACCAAAACUUAUCAAAGUGUGAGACCUUAUGACCACUCAGCCAUUUCGUGACCAUUUUGGGUCCACCUUGGGUGUAGCCCCGGUCAGGCUCUUGUCCUGCCCAAGGUGUACCCUA